UGUUUUCGUGCAUUUUUUCCUCAAUUUUUGACGAUACGAUAUAUCGUCGAUAUUGAUUUUUCAUAUCGAUAUGUCGAUAUUGGAUCUCAUAUCGAUAUAUCGUUUAAGAUAUCGAUAUAUCAACACCACUAACGUGGAAUGGUAACUUGAAAAUUGAAAUUUUUACUUGUAAUUCGACUAAAUUAAAAUAAUUUUACUAAUUUUGUGUACGUUGUACUCGUCUAAUCGUUCUACGUGAAAGAAUAUUGUUGAAUUGUUUAAAUCGAGUACCAAAGCAGCAGUCCCUUCAUGAUCACCAGUAUGACGUUGGAUUGCCCCAAGAGGGCAGUUGUUAUAAACUCGUUCAACUCGAAAUUGGUAUGCCCGAUACCAAGCCAAAGAUUAACCCCUCUAAUAUCCUACAGCGAAAACAUUCGAAUCAAAGAAGAAUCGUCAUGUUCGCAAAAGAAAGGCAGAAAAAGAUCUCUGGACCAUUUAUCAUACGAGGAAAAGCUACAGCGAAAAAAAUUAAAGAAUAGAGAAGCCGCACAAACGUCACGAGAUCGUAAAAAAGCCCGUAUGGAUGAAUUGGAAAGAGUUGUAAAAUUCCUAGAGAAAAAUAAUAAAGAUUUAAGAUCGGAAGUCAGCUCGCUUAAAGUAGAAAAAGAAGAAAUGCGAAAGGAAAACGAAAGGUUGAAGGAAGAAUUACAGCAAGCUAGAUGUGCCAAGGAAGACGAUAGGUUAAAGGAAGAAGAAUCACGGUGUGCCAGAUGUGCUCUUGAGUCAACUCCUGGAUCUGCAGUAUCCACGGUUUACCCUCUGCCGCAGGGUCGCUCGAGUCAUCUAGUUCAUCGGAUACCUCUGCUAGCCCAUCUUGUUUUCCUGAGCUCGAUUUCGAUUCUCUUUUGGAUCACAAUGAGGGUUAUUCACCUACGUUUGAGGAAUUUCUACGAGACAUCACCAUCUCACCGCUGGCUUCUUCAGAGAAUAUCCAAUUUAACCUCGAUGAAAUGGUGGGGCAGCCAUCAACACAGUUGGAACCCAGCAUCGCUACUGUACCUUCUACCGAUCACGACAACUUAACCAAACCCACCGAACCGCAGAGUAGUACGAUUAUUCAAGACGCGUGGGAAAUGACCUCAAACACUAUCGAACCCUCAAAUACAACAAUCCUCGUUGGUAUACCCGAAAUAAAAGAAGAGCAGCCGGAAUUCGUUCUAGAAGACAUGAUAUCCGAAGAGAUAGUCAUUACCUCGGAAGAUCACUUUUUAAACGAAGCCUACUGCGAUGAGAAAAAAAUAUCCCCUAAAAGUAUCUGCAGCGAUAUCGAUAUCGAUGAUAGAAAUUCCGACCAAGGUUACGAGUCGAUCGAUUCGCCUCUCAGCGACGUUGAUCUCUCGUUACCAGAAUUGUUUCCUGAAUUGAUGUAAAACCACACUGACACUGGCGUCUGUAAUUUUAAUAAUUUUUCUACAAGUUCCCUUUCUUUUAAUUUAUCGUUAUGUUGUUUAUUUAUAUGCUCUUAAGUUUUCAUCACGCAGUAUUCUCUUCUAUGUGUCUUGUGUAAAAUAAAUCUGUACUACUACUACUA